CCUGUAUUGCCUGACUCAGCCCCUCUGUCAUAGCUUGGUUGAAGGAGUCAAUGUGAGCCCUGGUGAGCUCCUGCAGCGCUGGGUGCUGCCUCUCUGCGGGCAGCCCAUAGCCAGGCUCCGUCAGGUUCUUCAGACUCGGCUGCCUGGGCAGAUUGAGCCACUUCUUGGCACUGUCCAUGGCGCUGGGUCCUGCCGGCGGAGCACACAGCUGGGUACACGCUGCCAGAGCACUCACAUGGGCAGCAGCCAGGAAGAGGCAAGACACACGCACAUGGCUGCAUGAUGCACGUCCGGUCGUCGUGUCAGUACUUCCGGGGUAGAGAGUGCAGUCGGCUUACAGUGUGUGGUGGGUACUGGGGCACUGCACACAGACACAGCCUGGGUCAGGCUCAUGGUAUUAGGAGAGUGCAGUGCAUGGUGGGUACUGGGGCACUGCACACAGACACAGCCUGGGUCAGGCUCAUGGCAUUAGGAGAGUGCAGUGCAUGGUGGGUACUGGGGCACUGCACACAGACACAGCCUGGGUCAGGCUCAUGGCAUUAGGAGAGUGCAGUGCAUGGUGGGUACUGGGACCCUGCACACAGACACAGCAUGGGUCAGGCUCAUGGCAUUAGGAGAGUGCAGUGCAUGGUGGGUACUGGGACCCUGCACUACACACAGACACAGCAUGGGUCAGGCUCAUGGCAUUAGGAGAGUGCAGUGCAUGGUGGGUACUGGGGCACUGCACACAGACACAGCAUGGGUCAGGCUCAUGGCAUUAGGAGAGUGCAGUGCAUGGUGGGUACUGGGGCACUGCACACAGACACAGCUUGGGUCAGGCUCAUGGCAUUAGGAGAGUGCAGUGCAUGGUGGGUACUGGGGCACUGCACACAGACACAGCAUGGGUCAGGCUCAUGGCAUUAGGAGAGUGCAGUGCAUGGUGGGUACUGGGGCCCUACACUGCACACAGACACAGCAUGGGUCAGGCUCAUGGCAUUAGGAGAGUGCAGUGCAUGGUGGGUACUGGGGCACUGCACACAGACACAGCAUGGGUCAGGCUCAUGGCAUUAGGAGAGUGCAGUGCCUGGUGGGUACUGGGACCCUGCACUACACACAGACACAGCCUGGGUCAGGCUCCUGGUAUUAGGAGAGUGCAGUGCAUGGUGGGUACUGGGGCACUGCACACAGACACAGCCUGGGUCAGGCUCAUGGCAUUAGGAGAGUGCAGUGCAUGGUGGGUACUGGGGCACUGCACACAGACACAGCCUGGGUCAGGCUCAUGGCAUUAGGAGAGUGCAGUGCAUGGUGGGUACUGGGGCACUGCACACAGACACAGCCUGGGUCAGGCUCAUGGCAUUAGGAGAGUGCAGUGCAUGGUGGGUACUGGGGCACUGCACACAGACACAGCCUGGGUCAGGCUCAUGGCAUUAGGAGAGUGCAGUGCAUGGUGGGUACUGGGACCCUGCACACAGACACAGCAUGGGUCAGGCUCAUGGCAUUAGGAGAGUGCAGUGCAUGGUGGGUACUGGGACCCUGCACACAGACACAGCAUGGGUCAGGCUCAUGGCAUUAGGAGAGUGCAGUGCAUGGUGGGUACUGGGGCACUGCACACAGACACAGCCUGGGUCAGGCUCAUGGCAUUAGGAGAGUGCAGUGCAUGGUGGGUACUGGGGCACUGCACACAGACACAGCAUGGGUCAGGCUCAUGGCAUUAGGAGAGUGCAGUGCAUGGUGGGUACUGGGACCCUGCACACAGACACAGCAUGGGUCAGGCUCAUGGCAUUAGGAGAGUGCAGUGCCUGGUGGGUACUGGGACCCUGCACUACACACAGACACAGCCUGGGUCAGGCUCCUGGUAUUAGGAGAGUGCAGUGCAUGGUGGGUACUGGGGCACUGCACACAGACACAGCAUGGGUCAGGCUCAUGGCAUUAGGAGAGUGCAGUGCAUGGUGGGUACUGGGGCACUGCACACAGACACAGCUUGGGUCAGGCUCAUGGCAUUAGGAGAGUGCAGUGCAUGGUGGGUACUGGGGCACUGCACACAGACACAGCAUGGGUCAGGCUCAUGGCAUUAGGAGAGUGCAGUGCAUGGUGGGUACUGGGGCACUGCACACAGACACAGCAUGGGUCAAGCUCAUGGCAUUAGGAGAGUGCAGUGCAUGGUGGGUACUGGGGCCCUACACUGCACACAGACACAGCCUGGGUCAGGCUCAUGGCAUUAGGAGAGUGCAGUGCAUGGUGGGUACUGGGGCACUGCACACAGACACAGCCUGGGUCAGGCUCAUGGCAUUAGGAGAGUGCAGUGCAUGGUGGGUACUGGGGCACUGCACACAGACACAGCAUGGACCAGGCUCAUGGCAUUAGGAGAGUGCAGUGCAUGGUGGGUACUGGGGCACUGCACACAGACACAGCAUGGGUCAGGCUCAUGGCAUUAGGAGAGUGCAGUGCACGGUGGGUACUGGGACCCUGCACUGCACACAGACACCGCAUGUGUCAGGCGCAUGGCAUUAGGAGAGUGCAGUGUGUGCUUGGUACAAACACAGCAUGGACCAGGCUCAUGACAUUAGGAGAGUGCAGUGUGUAAUUUCCAUGUGAAUUUGGAUUAGUGAAUCUUAACUUCUUUUCUUAUAAAGGGACCCAAAUUGUGUACAUGGCAUUUACACAGUGACCAAUUUUUAAAGGACCACUAUAGUGCCAGGAAAACAUACUCGUUUUCCUGGCUCUAUACGGUCCUUGGGUCCCCCUCACCCUCUGGGUCCCCCUCCUGCCGGGCUCUAGGGUGAGGAAUGGGUUAAUCCCUUACCUUGCGCUGGGGACUCUCCUUUCCCCGUCAUCGGCUGAAUGCGAACGCGCGGCAGGAGCCCUGCGCGCAUUCAGCCAGUCCACAGGAAAGCAUUCUCAAUGCUUUCCUAUGGACGCUUGCGUCUUCUCACUGUGAAAAAGACCAGAAAAGCAUGGGGAUUUUGUUUUGUGUAUCAGCACAGCAGUUAAGAACAGUUAAGCACAUUUAGAUUGUACCCUUGGAAAUGCAAGGAGGAUAUUUUUGGAACCUCUAUAGCUUGCAUCUUCUGGGUAGAAAUAACUUUUUUUUCCCCAUUGUUUCUUUGAGGUGUCGGCUUUGGUACGCCAGGUUCCUCAUUUUGCUUAGAUGGCAUAAUCAUUGAAUGAUAAAGAUGGAAAGUGUAACAAAUUACGAGUGGAGAACCCAUGGUUGUCAAUCUGAAAUGUUGACAAUUUUACAUGACAUGGGGAUUAAUGUUCAACACAUUCUUUGUAAAAUACGAAUGCAGGAUUGAUGACUUUUUUUCUUAAUUAUGUACCUUGUUUUUUAUCAACAGAAGAUUGUAUUCAAUUCUUAGAUAGGUAUUUGUUAUGUCUGUGAAUCCAGUAUUGGGCAAUGAUGGCAAACCCUUUUCACUGUGACUUUAGCAGAUGUUCACAUGCUGGGGAUUCAUGACUGUUUGUUUAAAAGGAGCAGAAUCUUAAUCACCAGUGCAAUGUGCCUGCCUGUUCCCCGGGUUUCCAUGAUGACUGCCCACUUUUCAAAACCGAACACUUUAAUACGUAAUCUAGAUGUCUAACUGCACACUGGGUGCUCCCCUCCUUUGAUGCCUAGUUACAUAAUGUGGACUACAUUUCCCUAGAUUCUUAGACUAUUAGUUACUUCUAUUUCUGUACCGGCCAUGAUAUGAUGGGAAACCUGGCCCGUAAAACCUAGGGUGACAAAUGUCAGUCUUCAUUGCCUUGAUUCAAAGGUAGUACAUGUAAAAUAGUUCAAAAACCAAAUUAAUGGUUUUUGUGCUUGUGAAACUUCUGUCCUAUAAAACAACAUUUACACUUUGUCCUCCCCCCCUUGCCAGUAUCUUAAAAUAGUUGCUGAUGUAUCUGAUUGACCAGCACCCCAUCAUCAUCUGCAAGGAGUGUUGUUUUGUAAUUUUCUUUGCAUUAUGGGAAGCACAGUCAAUAAACUGACCGUGUCCUUUAAAAGGUUACACCAAUAACAAAACUCCUUCUUUAUUUUUCAUAGUCACAACUGAGGACCUGUAUGUCCCUUUCUCGUACUUACUAAUUUGUUGAAAAACAAUAUAAUUCUAAUUUAUUAAAAAAAAUUGUUACUCCAAGCAUCAUGACCACUUCGAAGUGGUCAUGGUGCUUGGAGUCUGUGUUCACAGCAUGUUAUAAAAAGCUGCACAUACUGAUUUUAACCCCUAUACUGCCAGACAUGUAACUCCACCUCCACCACCUAAGAGGGCAAACCAUUGCAAAAUCGAUUGCCCUAUUUCCAGGGAACAGUGCCGGGAUACUUUUAGCAUAAUAACCAAUGCAGUGGACUCAAGUGGUUUAGAGUAACCCUUUAAGGGGGAAAUCUGAUAUAAAGUUGCACUGCUGCUGUAAAAAUAUCAUACCUACUAUCAAAAUUAAAGUGACAGAGCUACAAUGAGGAGAGGGAUGGUAAUUGUUUUAUUUCAGAGGUUUGUUUCUUAGAAAAAUGUGUCUGAAUAUUGAAAUGCUAGAAUACAAAUUUACCCAACAAGCAAUUUACUGCUGGAAGAAAACAAGUUAGGAUAUAUUACUGUAAUAGUUUAUCCAUAAUUACAUAUGUUCAAUGUAUUUCAACAGCAAAUGCAUGUAAGCCUUUCUGGUGAACCAGAGUGCAAAAAAACAAAACACUUGCUUCGGAAAAAGAGUUUUAAAGGAACACUAUAGUCACCUAAAUUACUGUAGCUAAAUAAAGCAGUUUUAGUGUAUAGAUGAUUCCCCUGCAAUUUCACUGCUCAAUUCACUGUCAUUUAGGAGUUAAAUCACUUUGGUUAUGAUUGACAGAGCCUGCAUGAAAAAAAAAAUGGUUUCACUUUGGAACAGAUGUAAUUUACCUUAAAUAAUUGUAUCUCAAUCUCUAAAUUGAACUUUAAUCACAUACAGGAGGCUCUUGCAGGGUCUAGCAAGCUAUUAACAUAGCAGGGGAUAAGAAAAUCUUAAUUAAACAGAACUUUCAAUUAAGAAAGCCUAGAUAGGGCUCUCUUUACAGGAAGUGUUUAUGGAAGGCUGUGCAAGUCACAUGCAGGGAGGUGUGACUAGGGUUCAUAAACAAAGGGAUUUAACUCCUAAAUGGCAGAGGAUUGAGCAGUGAGGCUACAGGGGCAUGUUCUAUACACCAAAACUGCUUCAUUAAGCUAAAGUUGUUCAGGUGACUAUAGUGUCCCUUUAAGUAACAUUAUAUAACAUGCCGUUAUUGGUACAGUCUUUAGAUAUGAGUAUUAUUGUUAAUCUGUUGAUUUUUGUUUACAGGUGAGCAAAUUUAAUUCCAGAGGAAUAUAAAUUCAGAUCUUGCAUGAGCACCUGUGUGCAUCUACGACAUUCGCUAGCAGAUCUCGUGCACUUGUCUUGACUUACAAAUAUGGUUCUGAAUGGCAUUAAAGCAGUGUUUUUUGAUUUGGAUAACACAUUGAUUGAUACAGCUGGAGCAAGCAAACAAGCAAUAGAGGAGGUACCCUGCUUUGACUUUUAUUUCCCCUUUGUUUUAAGAAUUUUAUAUAGCUUAUAUACUGUAUUAUAGGAACACUCAAAGUGGUUAUGGUUCAAGAAGUGGCGUGUCACCCUCCUGAAUCAGCAAUGGCAUUACUUCCCAUAAUUCACUGGACCACACAGCUUAAAGGGACAGUACAGGCACCCAGACCACUUCAUCUCAUUGAAGUGGUCUGGGUGCAGUAACUCUGUCCCCUUAACUGUGCAAUAUACAACUUUGCAGUUUUACAAACUCUGUGAAACGACACUGGACGUCCUCGCACUUUUCAUGAGGACGUCCAGCAUCUUGAAAAACCCCUUAAGAAAGAAUUGUAUCAAUGCUUUCCUAUGAGGAAGACCUAAUGCGCACACGGUGUAGCGGAUGGCACUGAACUGUCCUCCAGGAUUAUGCUUAAAAGACAAUUUGUGUGUUUGUUUUCCUGUGUAAUUGAAAUUGUAUGUAGGAUUCGUAUGUUUGUUCGGUAGUUUCCAUCCAUAUUUCAUACGAAUGAAAACUACCGAAUCAAUAGACCACCCCAGAGAGAAGUGUGUACCUCAUUAGGCUUUCACACUUCUCUAAUCGCAGUCAAUCGGUACUUUAUUACUAUAUCUGGGUGGCCGCCAUUCGGUAAGCGAACACGUGGCGGCGGCCAUCUUACGCACAAACUCUCAACAGAGUUUGGUUGUCGAGUGUCUGGAACUCAAAUCGGACCCUCAAUUACCCCAACCCCGCUGAGACCUCCAGAGCUCCUUAAUUCCCGAACGGAGGGGCCAAUUAGUCCCUUGUUCAGUGAGUUCAACGUACCGAACAAGGGGAUUCAUACGAAUGCGUUGUUAAUAGUGGAUGGCAAAGAUUUGUGGAUGUUUUACCUCUCGAACGGAGACCGACCGCAGGGCCAAAACACAUGGAACCCUUUUCGGCUACCACCUCGUGUUCGGUCGGUCAAAUAGUUUAUUCCCCAUAACUCCCGAAUCCCUGGUCUGAUCUGGGUGAAUUUUGAGUAUGUUGGCCACCCAGAUCAGGGCUACCAGGGAAUGCCACUUAGACCCUUGUACCCCACAGUUUUGGGGUACAUCCAGAAACCAGGUAAAACUGUAACAGAAAUAAGUGGAUUAAGUGUCACACUGAGGGGAGGUAACUACUGUACCAUUGGCUACUGUCCCAAUUAUUGUAAAUCCCUCCCUUGCAUGGGAGAAACCUUGAUAAGGAAACGAUGUGAUUAAAAGUUGAGUUCUGCUCCUGAUGCUGUGUGUCGUCCAGUCAUUGGGAUUGAGGUUGGGAUAUUGUUGGAGUGUUUUGCCUGCUGGAAAUAUUACCUUAUGGAUUUAUAAUACUUGUUCCUGAGCCUUACUGGGAUCUAAUGUGGAGUAGCUUUCCGCUACACACGGCACUCACCUCGCAUGUUCAUUAAGUUCCUGAGUUACACUGGCAUUGGAGGAGGAGGAGCCCAGUCCAGCACCGAGGGUCUUUGGUUCUUGAAUCAGGUAAGUGAAUACAAGAACUUUUAGACCUUUGUAUUCAAUAGAGUUCUGCAUUCCUAACACUUUAGUGUUCCUUUAAAGGAAGCCCCAUAACAUCUUCCACCUGCUGUUAUGGUGCCCUAUGCUGUGAGUGCCCUGUGGCUCUUUUAGGGAAUUUGACAAACAGUUAAGAAAGGUUUGACAGCAUUCCUAUGCCAGUCCAGCUGCCAGCAUGCACCUGGACUGAGAUAAGCAGGUAUAUGCAGGAUGGUACUUACCGGCUGAGACCAUCAUUUAAACCCUCUGAGUCAAUGAGUGCAGUCCUGUAUUCGGUUUGCUUAACUAAUUGAAGACAUAUGGGUUCUCCUGCAAGAGAAGAUUAGAUGAAACUAGGUAAGCUUAAAACAUUCUGAAACAAUUUGGCAGAUCGCUGUGGGAUGUCGCCAGGACACUCCUGGCACCAAACAGCCCACUGUAGUGUAGUGUUGUUUGGAGUGUUCCUUUAAGAGAUUGUGUGGAAGGCUGAAUAAAUACAAAUUAAACCAAUAAAUGGUUUGUGUGCAUUUUGAUAUUUAUAAAACAAAGAAAACUCGUGACAAUAUUUAAUGUAUGGCAAAGUUGCAAUUUCUACAAAUGUUCAUCUGUAAAGUAAACAAAAAGGUUUAAAAAAAGAUCUUUAAGCUCACAUAUAAAUAUAAACUGCAUGUUUUGCUCUAGAGUUGAACUACUUGGUGUUCAGACACUAUACAGUUGUAUUUUCUUCUAGGUGGUUCAGAUACUCGUAGACAAAAACAAGUAUUCGGAGGCAGAUGCUCAUAUGAUCUGUGACAUGUUCCAAGCCAAGCUCCUGCAAGAACAUUUGAAUGACUCUGAAAUGACUAUUGAUGAUCUCCGAAUACUGCAUUGGAAGGAAGCAAUGCAAAUGAUAAGACCAGGGGAUCACAAAGAUUUGGCCAAAGAGUGCUAUACAUUAUGGAAAAAAAAGCGUUUAGAGCUCAUGACUCUAUCCGAAAAUACCAAAAAUAUGCUCCAUGAUCUUAGAAAAUUGACACGCUUGGUUCUCCUAACUAAUGGCGAGAAGCAAGUUCAGAGGGAGAAAAUCGAGGCUUGUGGUGUCCAUGAGUUUUUUGAUGCCAUUGUAGUCGGAGGCGAACAUGUUGAGCAGAAGCCAGCAACCUCUAUCUUUCUCCACUGUUGUGACCUUUUGACCGUGAAGCCUGAGGACUGUGUGAUGGUAGGAGACAAUUUGGAAACUGAUAUCAGAGGUGGACUUAAUGCAGGCGUUAAGGCAACUAUCUGGUUAAAUGAGAAUGCAGCAUUCCGUGGCAAGCCUUGCCCAGUACCACAUUACACUAUACAUUCUAUAACUGAUCUACCUCAUGUUCUGAAGAACUUGCAGUAGAUAUGACAGAUCUGCCGUCACAUUCUAUCUAUGUUUCUAUGACACAAGCUUCUCAUGGGAAUAUUGCAAUUAUGUUAUCACAUUGAUGAGUUAAUUUUUAUCAAUAAUAUUUGAUGUUUUAGCUUUUGAAAUUCUUAUCACUAAAUUAUUUUGGGAUUUUUGUGUACCUUUAUGGACCCCUUUUUGGAUAUAGGUGAGUGAAUUAGUUAGAUUAGUAAAUAGUCAGGAAGAUAUCAACAUUACAUACCUCCUCAUUACAUACCUCCUCAUUUUAAGAUUUGUUUUAAUUCAUUAUUGUGUAAAGAAGGAAUAUAUAGCUGGAAAUCUUGGUCUGACAGAGCAAAAAAUACGUUAUUUGUUGAUGCAUAUUGUGGAGCAUGACAAAGUUACAACAUCUUCUGCUGGUGGGGGUUAAUUAUACUGUUCUUCUAGUUUUCAAUGAUGUGUAAAGGUUACCUAGGUGAGCAUGUUUUUAAACCGUUUUUAUAAGUUCAAGAAUGCAUACGUAUUUUUAUGCACAUAAUUGCAAAUAAAUGCAUUUACUAAAAUAUGUGAAAUAUUUCCAAAGAUCUAGAGGUUUGCCUUUAAUUAGAUGCAGAACUGUUCUCUGCAGCCUAUGAAGAUGUCCUGGCAUUGUCCAAUUAAAUGUUUCUCAUUGACGACAAAGCUCCUGUACAAACUUUCUAAUUUGGGUGGGUGGUUUUAUUGAUGUAAGGAUGUCUAUUAUUUUUUUUUUUUUUUUUUAAAACAUACUUUUGUUUUGUAUUAUUCAAAUUCUGUUUUUGAAAAACACGUCUACUCAAAACCAAAGUUUUCACGAUGAUGUUCUUCCCUCAGCAUAAACUAGGGGAGGGCUCGCAGUAGCUGACGACAGAAGAUCUGUAGCUUUUGCAAGCUAGUUUUCAACAUACCUCCAAUGAAACAAUGCAUCAAUACAUGCAUACAUGAUUUUAUUGGGAUAUACCUAGUAAAUUCUUUUUAAAAAUAUAAAAUAAUUUCCGUUGAAGUGUUCCUUUAAUAUUUGUAAAUUUUCAUUAAAAUGAUAACUUGUGAUGUAAAGUUAUUGUGAGCUGAUAUACUUAUUGAGCUGUGUAAUAAGUGGUUGAUUCGUUCCAUUAUAUUGGAUGCAUAGUUUAACUUCCACCUGCUUCAGACAUAAGAGUUGUAGCCAAAUAAAGGCAGGCGACUUCUUGCACUAAGUUGAUGGGACAUACAUUAACAAGUGCUGUACACAGCUAAUAUUUUGUUAUAUCACCAGUUUAAUAGGAUCACUCAUUGUGUGUAUGCUGAUUUGCAGAAUAACAAUUAGAUUAAGUUGUUUUUUUUCUGAAUUUUGUAUGUUCAUCUUAUAAAUUGUUUGCAGUAAAAAAGUGCAUGUUAUCUGUGCAGACACAAGUUCAAUUAACUCGGAAUAAUGGAAGGCAUUUACCAAAAAUGCAUAUAUUGUGUGAAUAUACAGCCCACGCUACUUAAUUAAUCCUUGUUUUGUUUCAUAUUGAAUAACCUUUGGACUAUAAUGUAUUGUAAAUGUAAAACGUUAGAUUUUUCCUCCAAAGGCAUUUUUAUGAAAAUCGGAUUUAAAUAAAAAACAAAAAAAAUCUAAUUAAAUGUAUUUUUUAUUUUUGUCCACCCUGUUGAUGAUACUGUUCUGCUUUGGUUCCAGUACGGCUUAGUUUUCUUUAUUCUCAUGAUCUUGAAUCAGCCACCAUUCACUCAGCUAGUAAUUAACUCUUCCACUUAACCAAUUUGUAUUCGUAAUGCCUUGCUAAUACCGUAAGGCCUUGAUGUACAGUCCUUGUACAUGCCAUGCCCAGCUCUGCAAUAUCAUUAGUUACUCACCUUGCAAGUUCUUCAGUUUCCCUACACCAAGCAUCUAAUGUCCAUAUUAACACAGGACACUCUAUACUUCACAUUUGCAUUUGAUUGGACUGUUUACGGAUCAAAGUGCAUGGGCACAUUCUGUGCCAAAUCGGGAGGGUAGAGGUAUACAUGUGAGGGGAUUUUUUUAAACAACUAAUUACAGGCAGUGCAGGGAGGCAGGACAGAAGAGCCAGGUUCCCCGUGCAGAUGCACUGCCUGCAAUGGAUAAUCUUCUAUGACAGUUAAAUAUUGCAUAGAAUUGGCAUUAGGCAGCCCGGAACAGUCUCACAAGUGCAAAUAUCUCCGUAUGUGCAGUGUUUGAAGCAGAAACGCUCCACAUACAGACUUUUACCACCAUGACCACUUCUAACAGCAGAAGUGGUCAUGGUGGUUUGAUUAACCCUUUAAUCUCUUUACCUGUCAUGACCAAUUUACCUUGUCCUUUUUUUAAUAAAUUGCUAUAAAAUGUAUAGAUUAGGAGAAAAAAAUGAUUUUAAAAAAAAAACACCCAUGAAAUAACCAAUUUAGAUGAGGAAGGUUGAUGCUAGAGCUGAGUUAAGGUGGGUAUUUCUCGAAAAUUUACACUGAAUACAUUUUGUAUCUCUGUGAUAUAUAAUGUAUUUGUGGAUGAUUUAGCUAAAAGAAACACUGUAGCAUUAGGAAUACAUAUCUGUAUAUCUAACGCUACAGCCCUGAUGUGACACCCUAGGUUUUAAACAAAAUAAAAUUUAAAACUAAUUACUCAUCUUUUCUCCAGCACCGAGACCUCCUAUUUGAGUGAUAUCAUCAUGGAGAUGUGUCUCAAGGAGGACGGUCCAGUCCAAUGCUCCGCAGAGGAGUUCACUACAAUGCACCUAAGAUUCUGCCAUAGAGAAUCAUUAAAUACAAUGAUUCUCUAUUACAUACCGUGACAGCAUCGAGCAUGCAUGCAUGACUUUGCAGUAUGAGUGGCGGGAAGUAAGAUUCCCGACACUCAUACCAAUAGGUCUUGGAGGCGUGGCUUUAAGUUGGGCUCCCAACCUUUCUAAUUUGAAGGACUGCAGGCACUACAUCUUCAAUAAGAUGAAGUUGUUAAAGGGCCUACAAUGUUCCUUUAAGUUAAUUAAGUAGUGACAGGUUCACUUUAAUCAUAUCUGGGUGUUAUAAAGAGCAUUGUCACCAAUCUUCGCUCUCAUCUGUUUGCUAAAUCAUGGUAUUGUAAUGCCAAGAGUUAUUUCUCUUACAAACGGGAAUGGUACUUACUUCAAAUAAAGUUGAUAUUUUUAUAAGAACACUGUGAUGUCAUCAUAUUUAAAAGAAAAUAAAUGUGGUACAAUGAUGGCAACUUUUAUUAUGGCAAGUGUCAUUACAGCUAGAGGCACUGUUAUUAUUGGCUCUGUAAUGAUGCAUAGUAAUGUAAUCUUCCAGUUGUAGAAGUUUAUGGGAAAUUAGCAAUGUUAGAAUAUAGUGUUCUUUGGUUUACAGAGCAAUCCUCUUCAAGAUACUGUACAUUCUAGCUCCUAC